UUCUUUCUCUUUCUCUUUCUCUUUUCUUUAUUAUAUAAAUAUGUUAAAUACAGAUCAAAUAUUAUUUAUCAUAAUUGUUAUAGUUAUUUCCACUUUUAUUUUAAUUGGUCUAUUCACGUUAAUCAAUAAAUCGAAUGUUGAAAAAAGAGAAUUAAUAGAUUUAGAAAAACGGAUUACAGCUCAAGAACAAAUUUCUAGUCAAUGCUUGACAAAUUUACACAUGAACAAUGAUAUGUUUGAACCUGCUAAAAUUAGACAAAAUCGUCAUGAACAAAAAACGAAUCACUUAACAUUACCUCCACCUAUCGUUAUUAUGACGCCAAAGAAAGAGAAAAGAAUAGGCACAACAAAGCAAUUCAGUCAUGAAUCUUUACUUAACAAAGUAUAUGGCUUUAAAUUUAGUAGUCGUGGACCUUCACCUACACUUUCAACAAUUCGACCUAGCUCUGUUAGAUCACCUUCUUUCUUACCAAUGCAAGAAAAGUCGAAAUAUUUUAUUGAAAACAUAGAUCCACCUGCUUAUAAUGACCAUCAUGCAUCUACACCCGUUAUUCCUUUCAUAUAAAAUAUUUAUUUAUUUCAUUGUUUAUAAUUCAUAUGCAUUUUAUAUCUCAUUCCCUCUUUGAGUCCCCCCCUUCUUUAUACACACAUACAUAUAUAUCCCCUUAUGAAGACAUUUGACUCCUUCCCCUCUCUCCCCCCUUUUUUUUUAUCCCUUAACAAUGCUGCAUUAUACAAACCAAG